AGCAACAUGGCUGUCGGUCAGUCGGUAUCGAACCGUCGCGUUACGCGAAGCUCUUACGACUCGUGCGGUAGGAACGCCGCCGCUCCGGGACGAGAUUUGGAAUCUCGUGAACGUGAAGGACGACUUCUCACCGAUGGCACGGGCUCCCCGAAAUUACGCACCCGUCGAGGUCGGUAGCGUCAACGCGUCUCCUUCGGUUCAGAAACGGUUCUACCGGUCCGGAACGUGCAGCGCCCGGUAAUUCGGGCCAGGAUCGAACGCACUUGUAAGCUACAAUAAGAAGGAAACAAUCAUUCAGAGGCUGGUGAGAGGACAAUUUUUACCAAAAACAUGGAUUCUGGAGUGGGACAAAACAAGAUCCAAAUUCGUGUCGGAUUUUAUGACAUUGAAGGCACCAUUGGCAAAGGGAACUUUGCUGUGGUAAAAUUAGCAAGACAUCGUAUCACUAAGACAGAGGUAGCUAUUAAGAUAAUUGAUAAAUCACAAUUGGAUCCCACCAAUCUUGAAAAAGUUUAUAGGGAAGUAGAAAUAAUGAAGCAACUGGAACACCCGCAUAUUGUCAAAUUAUAUCAAGUUAUGGAAACAAAAAAUAUGAUAUAUAUGGUAUGCGAAUAUGCGAGCAAAGGCGAAAUAUUUGACUAUAUUGCACGAUAUGGACGAAUGGGAGAACCCAGAGCUCGUGCAACAUUUGCUCAAAUACUCUCUGCGGUUGAAUACUGCCACGCGACGGGUGUAGCGCAUCGUGAUCUCAAAGCUGAAAAUUUACUCUUAGAUGCUCAGAUGAACGUAAAAAUCGCUGAUUUUGGAUUUAGUAAUAGAUUCUCACCUGGUGAAAGAUUAAGCACAUGGUGUGGUAGCCCCCCUUACGCAGCACCUGAAGUUUUUCGAGGGAAACAUUAUGCUGGUCCUGAAAUUGAUGUGUGGAGUUUAGGUGUAGUACUGUAUGUAUUAGUAUGUGGAGCACUGCCCUUUGAUGGUUCUACCCUUCAGUCAUUGAGAGACCGUGUCCUGAGUGGAAGAUUUAGAAUUCCAUACUUUAUGAGCACAGAUUGUGAAAGUCUAAUCCGCAAAAUGUUGGUUUUGGAACCAUCAAAACGAUACACCAUUCCACAAAUAAAGAGACAUCGCUGGAUGGCAGGGUCUGCAGACACUAUUUGUUCAAUGAUCAUAACAAGACCAUCCUCAUCCAUCCAAGAACCAAAUGAGCAAAUACUGCGACUUAUGCAUAGCUUAGGCAUAGAUAUUACACGGACCAGAGAGUCUUUAAGGAAUAGCAGCUAUGAUCAUCAUGCUGCCAUUUAUUUCUUGCUACUAGAGAGGCUGAAGCAACAUCGUAUUAGUAGCUCGACAAACAAUAGUUGCUGGCCUAGUGUAGCAAGAACAAAAGAGGACAAAUUUAAAUCAAGAACAAGGGAAGAUGCGACUCGAGGAGGCAAAAGGUUUAGUUCGACUAGUUCUUCGACCGACGAAGGAUGCUGUAGCGCAGAAGGUGACCUGGAAGAAGGUCCGAGUGGCGAUGAACUGAGAGAAGCUCAGAUUAAGCUCGAAGAACAUAGACUAGGCCUAGAUCAUGAUAUCAGUCAACGAAUUGACAGUCAGAUAGUCAAUCGACGAUUAAGUGAUUAUCAACACCAUUUUGAUACCCCACUUAUGGAUCCUAUUGAUCCUCCUAGUCGAACAACAUUGUUCAUUGCCGGUGGUAGUGGUAGUUCGUCGUCCGAACUUUUUGAAUCCAGUUUUGAUUCCGGUUGCCCGCCAGAUUACUCCGGGGCAAACUCAUUCACAAGCAGUUUGCCGUCCUGCACGCCCCCGCCAACUUUGAGUCCAUCACCGAUAACUGGCAGAAUAUCCAGAGUGUCUCAAGGUCGCAGAGCCUCUGACGGUGGACCCAGACUGCUGUUCUGUCAACAAGGUGGCGGUGACAGACCGACCAAGCAGAGAAGUAUUCAAGAUUCUGGCAAGGCCAGGGGUCAUUUAGACCUUGUACAUUUAAGACCACCGUCUACUCCACCUGAGAAUCAACAACAAUUCAAACUUCGCGGUGACUUCAGUACACAACUGCAAUUGCUAGUACAGCAGCGAAUGUUGCAACAAAAACGGAAUCUCUAUCAUAGACAUAGAGGCGGAGGAAGUCCAACACCAAUAUCUGUGUCGACAAGCGGCUCAAGCAGGCGUGCUGAUCAUGUACCGAGACAAGAUAGUUAUAAACUAGCUCAGAGAACACAAAUCUUACCACCUUUAUCUCAGGGACAUGUUGACAGAGACUUUGAUAGAGAAAGAAAACGGGACGAGGAAAGAUGGAAAAGCCUGCCGUCCCGACUAGCAGCAGAUUGUCAGUUAGCAGAAAGGACAUUGCUGUGGAGUCAACAGGUGGGUCUCAGUGGAGGAGCAUCAUACUUGCCACCUGGCAGUGUAGGUGGCUUUUUAUGGGCCACCGGAAGCAACCCUCAUUCAACCAUCUUCGAAAACGUUGGGGAUCCAAUGGAAUGAACAUCUACCCUGUUGUACUUUUAGCAUUGAAUUGGAGAUUUUGAGUCUGAAAGACUAGAUUCUACAUACCAGAUACAAUAAGCAGUAUUGCCUUCCUAGUCUUUCCAUAUCAGUAUCCUUUAUUUACAUAAUUACAUAUACCAUCAUAUCUAUUUUCUAAGUGUCUGAGAAUGACUUUGUAUAAAUUUCUUUGUAGAACCAUUUCCUCCAUUUAACUCUAGCUUUCAUACACAAAAUCUUUGAUUAGAUGAAAGGUAUAUGUUACUACAUGCCAAAGAUUUGCUGUUCUCGAAUAAUCCUUUUAAUUUACAACUUUCUGCUUCGAUCAUCAAAUUUUAUCGCCUAUAUUUAUAUACGUAAACAUGGAUUUCAUUCAUAAAACAAUUACAUACAUACCAUAUAGAUGUACCAAAAAAAGACAUUAAAAAAGAAAAAGAAAUCUUCGUCAUGUAGCAGCAUACAUACCUACGUAUCGACUGGCUGAUUUUUAUCAGUCAAAUAUCCAAUUAUAUCAUAGACUGAUAAUUAACAAAAAAAAACACCAACCAAGUUUAUAUUCAUGAGCGAGUGGCAUAUGUCUUGCUUUACAAUGACUAUGUUUAAUUGGAACUGACUAUGUGUAUAGUCAUACAUAUUUUAAUGACAAUUAACAAAGAGUGCUUUUGAUGUGCUUCCCGAAUACAUUUCAACAAAUUAUUCUACGAUUGUGGUAUUGCUAAUAUAUUUAUCACAAUACUUCUAUUAUUUUCAAGGUAUCCUGGUUUACAAAAAUCCAAAAAUAAAACUCUUCAAUUGAUUCAUUAUUUUUUUUGCAACUUCCAUUUAAUAAGCUGUUUGUUACAGAAAAAAUUUAGAAUACCGUUACCGAAUAAAAGCAAGUAUCAGUGCUCAAACAAAGAUCAAGUAAUUAGAGAUACUUUAUAGCAUAAGGAAUAAAAGUGCAAUAAUCUUUCCUUCACAGGAAUGACUGAAACAAGUUUUAUUUGGAAUCAAAUGCAAGAAUUAUGCCACUUCAGCUUUUUUAUGCAAUUAAUUGAGGGGUGGAAUUAACUGAAUUACGUUGAAAAUUUGUGUUAUACAUUUCCAUUGACGAUUAUUCCAAUAAUGUUGUACAAAAUUUAGCUGUUUUAUCAUUCCACUCUUCAUUAUGAUGGUUAUAGUGAGUUAGGAAAUAAUAAAAACAAUAAUAAAUAGCGAUAAAUAGUAGCUGCUGUUGAAAAAAAAGAUAAUAAAGUGCUGCAUUCUGUAAAGAUGUUUAAAUAAAACUGUUGUAUACAUGAUCUUUAAUGAAAAUAAUGAUUGUUUACAUAUUGAAUUAUACAUUUUGUAUGCGUUCUGAUUUUCUACAAAGAAUGCAAGUCGCAUUCAUAGUUACUGGGUACUAUUACUAUGCAUAAAUGUAGUACAAAGUUAUCAUUUCACUUGAAACGUAAUAAACAAGCAGUUCUGCUACACGAGCUUUUUGCAUGGUUGAAAAUUGAGAAGGAAGAGGAAUGAAUCGGUGACAUAACUAAAAAAAACUAUUUGUACAUUUUGAUACGAAUACAGCACUUUCCAAGGCAAAUAUAUAUAUUAGAUUCUAGUAGUCUAAUCAGUAGGAAGCAAUACCGGCCGCGCACAACUGACAACGACUUUAAUAUUCAAAUUUUCCGCCAUUUUUUACCCAACAAAAAAAACAAUCAAACUUCGCUCAAAGUCUUUUGAUAAGUAAAAAAAACGAUAGCUGUUAAGUUAGCAUAAUCAGACCGGGAUUCUUGUUCUGGCAUAUAAUUCUCAAAAGACCCUCCCACAAAUAUGCGAACAAAAACUCAGGAAUUGAAAAUCGGUUUUGGCACCGUUCAGCAUUUAUGUCUUUAUUAAAAUAAUACUUUCACAUUGCAUAAAACAAAUAUCAUUUGUAAAAUGUACGACAUUUGAUUGAUUAGCGCGUAAAUUUAUUUCAUAAUUAACUCUAAGAACUUUAUUUUACUACUAGAAACAAUUUAUUGAAAGCAACUAUCUUUGACAGCGACAUAUUACUAUUGUUUUGCAAUAUGUUGUCCGACCACACAAACAAGUGCUUUAUGGACUUGUUCAAGUGCAUUAGAAAUGGGCAAUAUAAAAUGAACAAAAAAUAGAAAAAACGUUGCUAACCAAAAUGUCCGUUUUUACAUUUACAAUGAAUCAUUUGUUUUACUGUUUCCUUGCUGUCAUGUAUGAUAGUAAAUAAUUACUAUUUAUCAACUGCAAAACUGUCAGCAAGUGUAUACAUUGCGUGUAUGAAGAUACUAAAUAAAACCAUAUGCAGACUGCAAAAUGAAAUGCUACUCUA